AUGCGUCUUAGUUAUAUAAGCAGACUAUAAAGUUAAGGAGUUGAAGUUUAUAAACCGUAAGAAGGAGAAUACGUAAUUCCUAAUAGAGUAAGAUCAAUUCUUUAGAGUAAAUUUUAUAAGAGACCCAAAUCAGCGCUUAAGGGUGUAAAAUAACUAACUUAAAAAUCUGAGAGUUUUUGGGUCUCACCUUUAAAAAACAAAGAUGCCCCAGAAGUUAUUCAUAGAAAUAAGUCUCAACCGAAAAAGAAUUUUUACGUCAUAUCUGUUAAUGAAAUCACAAAAAAAAAGAGAAAUAGUUCAAUCACUCCAAGCAAGUUAAAAAUCAAUCAUCAGAUUGAUACAUCCUAGGAAUAAAUUGAAAAGAAUAUCAUUUAAGGAAUAUCUAAAUCAUUAACCAAUAAAUAUUCAACUCCAAAAUGCAGAGUGUUUACAGAGCCCGAAUAAUUCGAUAAUAAUAACGAUUCUUUUUUAGAUGUCUUAUAAUAUAAAACUGGAAUUUAGAUUUUAAAGGAAUCUUUAUUAAGUAUUUACUAAACGUUGCCAUUUGAAUUAAAUAUUACUUAAUAAAGAGAAUUAGUUAGAAGAAUAGUACUUGAAGAGACUCAUCUAAUUGAAAAAAAAAAUUAAUAAACACAAGAAUGGGUUAAUAAAAUGAGUCCUAUUUUAAAGAAACAAUUAAUGGAAGAUAAAACCUUUUGGUAUCCAUCAACAAAAUUAAAUAAUAAUAUUAUAAAAAAGUAAAUAUUGUCUUUAUUAAAGAGAUAUAAAUUAAAUUUUUGGGAUUGGAAGUUCAAGAUUACUCUAGCCUGGAGAGGAAGCAUCAAUUAUAGAGUUAAUGAUUCAAAUCUUAGAAUCCAAUUAAAACAUUCUAAAAAUCCUAAAAUCUGAUAUCUAAGGUAAUUGCUCAUAAUAAACUAAUAGAUAUAUGCAAGUAGAUAUUAUAAUUUUAAUAAUUGGAAUAUAUUCAAUAGUAUCCUUAAUGUAUGAAAUAGAUCUUGUAUCAUUGGUAAUUAUUUGUGACUAGAUUGUUAUGCAUUUAAGUGUAAAAGGAUAACAAUCAAAUUACAAGUCAAGAUCUUAUUGUACUCUGCAAAAGGAACCAUGCUUUAGACUUUAGAUAGGAUAAAUAAAGCACCCUUGCAACUAUGCUCCUGAAUUAUUUUUAAAAUUGA